AUGCAUCGUCCCUUCAACAUUUCAAAUUUUACCGAUUUCAUGUGCGCCGAUGUGCAUGUCGACAAUUGCAGCAGGCUUGCCGGAGCAGCGACACCACCGAGUCACUAUGCCAUGCCCUUGGGUUACAACGGCAGAGCCUCGUCAGUCGUGAUAGACGGCGAGCCGGUCCACCGCCCACACGGGAUGGUGCGAGAUCCGCAAACCUCCUCGAUAUCGUUCCAGCAGAGCCAGAGGGUGGACUUUGAGUCCGAGAUUGGCCUCUUCGUCUCGCAGCCGCUCCCCCGUGGCAGAACCAUCAGCGCCGACGAGGCCAGCGACUAUAUAUUUGGCAUCGUCUUGCUCAACGACUGGUCUGCCAGAGACGUCCAGUUCGCCGAGAUGACACCCCUCGGUCCCUUCAACGGCAAGGCAUUUGCCACAAGCAUCUCGCCGUGGGUGACUACCCUCGACACCCUCCAAGGGUCUAAGUGUGCGUCUCCUGCAGUCGACCUUCGCAAGGAAGGGUCGACAGGCGCGGCGCACUUGAGGCACAGCGACGAAAAGUCCACGUGGGAUCUGGAGUUUGAGGUAUCGGUCUCCAGUAAGUGCAAAUCGGUCUCGGGGAAAACCCACAAGGCAAGGGCAUGCCAGGCAUUGAUCCAUGCUGUGGCCUUAGUGGAGAAGAUUUAGGCGUGCUAGCAAGAUGCAAACCUCUACAUGGAGAUACCUGCUCAGGUCGAUACGAUUUCGCCAUGCUGGAAAUGGACCCGAACUGUGACAGCUCAUGAGCAGGACGACGUACGCUGUUGAAGUCUGCCUCCGAAUCACGCUCCACAAUCUUGUCAGCAAUUUUGCAGAGCUUUAUGUACUCAAAGUCCAUAGGUUCAUACGGUA